CCGGAAGUGGCGGCGCGGCGGGCGGAGGCUGGGUCGGGCGGAGGCUGGGGCUGCCGCGGCUCACUUGCGAGGAAACUAGUCCGCAAAGGUUGAUCGACGCUAUGAGUUCCUUCGAGGGUCAGAUGGCAGAGUAUCCAACCAUCUCCAUAGACCGCUUCGACAGGGAGAACCUGAGGGCCCGUGCCUACUUCCUGUCCCACUGCCACAAAGAUCAUAUGAAAGGAUUAAGAGCCCCUAGCUUGAAAAGAAGGUUGGAAUGCAGCUUGAAGGUUUGCUUAUACUGUUCACCUGUUACUAAAGAGUUGUUGUUAACGAGCCCGAAGUACAGGUUUUGGGAGAAACGAAUUGUAUCAAUUGAAAUUGAAACUCCUACCCAGAUAUCUUUAGUCGAUGAAGCAUCAGGCGAGAAGGAAGAGAUUGUUGUGACUCUUUUACCUGCUGGUCAUUGCCCAGGAUCAGUUAUGUUUUUAUUUCAGGGCAACAAUGGAACUGUCUUGUACACAGGAGACUUCAGAUUGGCUAAAGGAGAAGCUGCCAGAAUGGAGCUUCUGCACUCUGGGGGCAGAGUGAAAGACAUCCAGAGCGUGUACUUAGACACAACUUUCUGCGACCCAAAAUACUAUCAAAUUCCUAGUCGGGAGGAGUGUCUGCGUGGAAUCCUGGAGCUGGUCCGAAGCUGGAUCUCACGGAGCCCCUACCAUGUGGUGUGGCUGAACUGCAAGGCUGCCUAUGGUUACGAGUAUCUCUUCACCAACCUCAGUGAGGAGUUUGGACUCCAGGUUCACGUGGAUAAACUAGACAUGUUUCGAAACAUGCCUGACAUUCUCCAUCAUCUGACAACAGACCGUGACACCCAGAUCCAUGCGUGUCGACAUCCAAAGGCAGAGGAAUAUUUUCAGUGGAAUAAGUUACCAUGUGGCAUUACUUCCAAAAAUAGAAUUCCACUCCACACAAUCAGCAUUAAGCCAUCUACCAUGUGGUUUGGAGAAAGGACUAGAAAAACCAACAUCAUUGUGAGGACUGGAGAGAGUUCCUACAGAGCCUGCUUUUCUUUUCAUUCCUCCUACAGCGAGAUUAAAGAUUUCUUGAGCUACAUCUGUCCUGUGAAUGUCUAUCCAAAUGUCAUCCCAUUAGGCACAACUAUGGAUAAAGUUAAAGAAAUCUUAAAGCCUUUAUGCCGAUCUUCCCAAAGUACUGAACCCAAGUAUAAACCACUUGGAAAACUGAAGAGAGCUAGAACAAUCCACCUAGACUCAGAGGAGGAAGAUGACGAUGGUCUCUUUGAUGAUCUUCUGCCGGCACCUUUAAGGCACAAGGUUCCAAGCCAGCAGACUCUUCACCCUGAGGUAUUUCCCACACCUGCUAUAUCUCAAAACCAGCCUGAAAAAUGGAGAGAAAGCACAGGAUGCUUCAAAGCAGAGAGUAUGCCAACGUUCCUUUGGGCAAACUUUAUAGAUUGUGAGGAAUCCAACAGUGAAAGUGAAGAAUCAGAAAUUCCAGGAUCAGCUCAAAGAGACACAGGUCCUGUCCUCCAGCCCCAGCAGAGGGCCGAUGGGGAAGUACCGCAGUGGGAAGUGUUCUUUAAAAGAGAUGCUGAAGGCACAGACGACUGUUUGGAAAACCUCCCAUCUUCCACAGAGGCGGGGGGUUCCCAGUCCCCGAAGCUUUUCAGUGAUUCUGAUGGGGAGUCAACGCACAUUUCUUCCCAGGCCUCCUCUCAGUCAACACACAUAUCGGAACAAGGAAGUCAAGGUUGGGACAGCCAAUCGGACACUGUUCUGUUAUCUUCCCAGGACAGAAACAGUGGGGAUGUUACCUCCUUGAACAAAGGGGUCUAUAGGCCAGGAAUCAAAGAGAAUAUUCCUGCCCCUCAGCCAGAACAAAAUGUACUUUGCCUAAAGGACACUUACUCGGAUUUCAAAAGCAGAGAUCAAGAUGUAAAUAUAGUUCCUAGUGCUGGAGAAACCACCACUCUAAGCAGUGGGAAACAGAUGCUUCAGGAGAUGAGGCCAUUGACUCUUAGCAGCAGUGCAGAUUCACAAAGCUCCUCUGAUUUUGAAAUUCCUUGCACUCCAGAAGCUGAGCUUCCUAAACAAGAACACUUACAGUAUUUAUAUGAGAAGUUGGCAACAGGGGAGAGUAUAGUAGUUGAAAAAAGAAAAGGCUUAUUUCAUUCUAGAGCAACCACUAAAAAAUCUAUACUAACAGAUACCAGUCAAAAUUAUAAUAGAUAAAAAUGGAAUACUUAGAAAUGAUCCUAUUACCUAAAAGGUGGCAGUAAAGAGGAAAUGGAUGACUGAAAAAUAGAACAGAAAACAUGACAUAGGAGAACUAAAUCCAAACAUCAACUGUUUUCCAGUCACUAAGUUGUGUGUGACUCUCUGUGACCCAGUGGCCUGCAGCACCCUAUGCUUCCCUGUCCUUCACUACCUCCCAGAGUUUGCUCAGACUCAUGUCCAAAACAUAUCAAUAAUUACAAGGGAAUAGGGGGAAAAAGGUAAACCAACUAUAUACUGCCUAUAUGAAACUGACUCCAAAAGACUUGGGUAGGUGUACCAGUGAAAGAAUGGAAGACUUUACCCUGUAAACAUUACUUCAAGAUGCAGUGUCUAUACUCUAAUGUUAAAAGGUCCAGGUCACUGAGACAGAAUUGAAUCCUAAAUGAGUAAGUGCCUAACAACGUUUAAAUACACAAAGCGAAAACAAAGAAGACAAACUAAUGCACGAUUACAACUAUAACAGAAUAAGUUUAGAAAAAUAAGCAAGGAUAUGGAAGAACUGAAUGGCACCCUCAACCAGCUGGAUUUAACUGGUAAAAGGACACUUCACAGCAGAAUACAAGCUUUUCAAGUUCACACAGGACGACGUUCACCGAUGGAUCAUAUCCCAGGUCAUAAACACACUUCAAACUUAUAAGCUUGAAUCUAUUACUGUAAACUGAUGGCUACAGAAGAAAGUCAGCCCCUUACCUACCUCAGGUGUUCCAUCAUCUUUAAGAAUGUUGGGGGAAGACAGUGUUAAAAUUAAAACCUAAAGAAAAUACUUAAAAGGCAUUCAACCUCUUUAAAAUUCACCAGUAGGUUAUGUUUUUGCAUAGUUAUGUAUGUAUAUUUAAUAUACUUAUUCACAAGUGUUUAUGGUAUUCAUAAACAUUUUGGUUUGCUGAUAUUUCGUAUUAAGAAAGCAAAAGCAGAGCUUUCACUUAAGUGGAGUCUCUAAAAACGAAUUUGCAGAUCAAUGAAACUAAAAUGCAUUAUCACCAUGCUGCAUUGUAGAAAAACCAAAAAUAAGUACUGAAUCCACAAGACUAAUUAAGGUUAUACAACAGAAUCCACAGAAGAGGAGAAUAAACUGGGUGUUUAGGGGAGCCAAUACCAAGUGGACCUAGGAAGCUAGCCCUCUCACUUGUCCAGAAGGGAAUUUUCCAUUCCCAAGUGCUGGGAGGAUAAAUUAGCCCAUGUCUAUUUACAUGGGAGGAAAACUGGACAGUGACUUUUAAGUUUCAGCUAAGAAACUGGCACCAGAGAGGGGUAACCCAACGUGAUAAGGCUCAGGGCUGAUAGCUGGGGGGCUGGUGCUACUCCUUUCUGUUCUUUGAGGAAUAUGUUGAAUCAUAAUUUACAGCACGUCUUUGUCCUAAAUUACUCAACAAUUAGUUUAUUAAUAUGUACAUCAACAGAGACUGGGCUGAGCAUCAUAAUAUAGCUGCCGGCGAAGGAGCUGAAGAAUGCAGAGGUUUAAGGGGACACGGAACCUUUUUUCUAGCUCAGACGCUACCCUGAGCUUUUGAUGAAAUACACUCUACAGACUCAGUGUGACUGGGGAAGAAUUAUAUAUUAUUCUAUUUUGCGCAGCUCCCCUAUGAGUACCAUUACCUAAAUUCAACCUGAAUAAAGUUACUAGAGACAACCAGUAGCAACUACAAGAUGUUCAACUCUCAUAACUACAACCGGCCUAUUACAGGAACCCAGAGACUUCAUUUUUAAUUUUUAGCUCUAGAAAUUAAUUAUACUUCAAUUAUCAUAAGUCACAUAGUCAAAUGUAACUACUGUAUGCAUUUGUACAUAUUCACUGACCCUUAAGACGUCCUCUUAACAGUAGAGCUUAUGAUCCAAGGUGGGUGUUCAAAACAUGCCUGUAAACAUUCUUCUGAAUAUAUUUGCAGUAUUAUCACCAUCAAUUUAAUAUAUUGUUUUAUAUGUGAUUCUAGCAUAAUAAAUGCUAGCUGAAUGUA